UUUUAUUCUCGUACAUCUCUCUUUUUUUUUUUUUUUAAACAAUAUUUCUUCGUGGGGUUUGGAUUCGUGGGUUUGUGCACCAAAAUUUAUCUGUAAUACUCCAUGACCACAUCAAAUUGAACGUUUGUAAGAAGAAUUUAAAUCAUUUUCUAAGCGAUUAAUCGAGAAGUGGGGCAAAUCAGUUCCAUUUUAUGAAUAUGAAGGAUUUUCCAUCUUGUUUUGGGGAAAAUGGGGUUCUAGUUGCUGAUUUUUCUUCUUCAAAUGCAAAUAGUAACAGAGCUGCCCAGAAUGUGGUGACUCGUGUUUAUCAAUGUAGAUUGCUUGGAAAAUCUUGCUGGAUUACUUUAACUUGGAGUAAAAAUUUAAUGGGUCAGGGGCUUAGUGUUGGGGUUGAUGAUAGCACCAAUCAGUGCCUCUGUAAGACAGAUAUUAAACCUUGGUUGUUUUCUAAGAAGAAAGGGUCAAAGAAAUUAGAAGCAGACUUAUGUAAAAUUGAUAUAUAUUGGGAUCUUUCUUCGGCUAAAUUCGGAUCCGGUCCGGAGCCAUUAAAGGGAUUUUAUGUGAGGCUUGUAUUUGAGAAGCAAAUGAUCCUGCUCCUUGGAGAUAUGAGGAAGGAAGCUUUGAAGAAAACAGGUUGCGUCCCUGCCCCAUUACCAUUUAGUGCUAUUCUUAUAUCGAAGAGAGAACAAAUUUUUGGGAAGACGAUAUUCAGAACUCGGGCUCAAUUUUGUGACAUUGGCAAAAUACAUGACCUUGUGAUUGAAUGUGAUACCAGUGGCGUUUGUGAUCCGUGCCUUGUUAUACGUGUUGAUUCAAAGCCGAUGAUGCAAUUGAAGCGCCUCCAGUGGAAGUUUCGAGGAAAUGACACCAUCUUGGUGGAUGGACUUGCUGUACAAGUAUUUUGGGAUGUGCAUGAUUGGCUCUUUGCAAUGUCUCCUGGAAAUGCAGUGUUUAUGUUCAACUCCAGCUUUCCAUCUGACAAGUUAUGGACAAGCCAACCUCUAUAUGAUCCCCACACACUGCACUGGUCGUGGUCUCAAAGAUUCCAAGAUUACCAUUCACAAAAUCUUGGUUUCUCAUUAAUUUUGCAUGCUUGGAAGAAUGAAUGAGGAAGUAGAAAUUUAGUGAUUAAAUGCUAACAGAUAUUUCUAAUGAGAUAUGAUUUUUAUUGAUUGUGCUAUUUGACUUUACUUGAGUAUAGAUUGUCAAUUUGUUUGUUUAUUAUAUUAGAAGUCCAAAAUUUUGGAAUUCAAACUUUUUUUCUUCUUCUUGUUCGUAUAUUGUCAGGUCAAUGUUCUAUUCAUUUGGUUAUCUGUGGAAGUUUCCUUGUUGAGAUUAGUUUUCUUUAUGAUUAUGCUAUUUUUCUUUCGGCUUUUUAAUUGGGAUUUGCAGUGUUUACAAGACGAAGUAUCGACAAGUCAUUUAUCUAGCUUCUUUCAAUAAAAUCUCUUUCCCAUUUUGAAUAUGACUCUAGGAUAUUAACUUACGGUGGAGAAAACAAAAUCAGUAGAUAUACUGUAUUAUCAAAACUGAGGCUGGUUGGCAGCAAGAUUCUUUUCCCCGCUUUGUUGCAUGAAUAUGCGCGAUCAUCACAGCAAUCAGUUUGACGAUGGAUGAACCCGUGGAUUUCAGUAUGAAUUCGAGUGUCUUUUUAACUCUCAAAAUUGUAAAUGAUUCAGAACGGUACUCCCCCUGUUGCCAGUCUUUAGGUUUUAUUUUAUGGAUGUUUUGAGCUAUAUUGUCAUUUGUGUAGAUUUAUGAAUGAGACUAGUGUUCAGAAAAACAAUAAAAUAGGCAGAUUAGAGGAAUAGAUCUUAUGAAUGAAGGUUUGAAAGCGAAAUAUUCCAGUUAUUCA